CCGCCGCUCGUUUGAGACCGAGAAAGAGGAAGCCUUUCCAGCGCGAAAGGGACAAACCGGGCCCCUUACUUCUUUACACACACACGCUCUCUCUCUCUCUCUCUGUCUCCAAUUCUCUCUAUUUUAACCGAGGGUCUCUUAGGUCGGUACAAUCAUCUUCUUCGAUAAUAGCGGAAGCUAUUAAUGAAGGAGUGGUAAUUUGAUCAUAUCGUGACUUGAGCUCGAGCUCAAUGAUUGGAGAAAUUCAUUUUGGUGGGGCAAAUGUUGGAGGCUCUGAUGAGCUAAAAUGCCUGUUUCUGUGGCCAACAACAACUUUUCUUUUUAUGGAGUUUUACAUUUCACAAGGUUACUAUUAGGUGAUGGCAGGCAUGAACGUAUCAGAAGACCCCAUGGCCAAGCGGACCUACCAAGUUUGGAAAGGAAAUAAUAGAUUCUUUUUGGGUGGGAGGGUGAUAUUUGGACCCGACGUUAGGUCCCUUUUUAUCACCAUAUUGCUUAUUCUUGUUCCUAUUGUCAUAUUUUGUGUAUUCAUUGCAAGACACCUUCGUCACCAAUUCCCUACCUACAACGCCGGUUAUGCGAUUCUGGUGGUAGCAAUAGUAUACACUUUCUAUGUGUUAGUGCUGCUGCUUCUUACUUCUGCUCAAGAUCCUGGUAUUGUACCUCGAGCUUUGCAUCCCCCCAUAGAUGUGCAGCAUGAGUACUCCAAUCCCAAUAAUACUAGUGUGGGACAAACUCCAAGACCUCCAUUUCCCCGCACCAGAGAAGUCCAAUUACCCAGUGGCGUGGUUGUUAAGGUCAAGUAUUGUGAUACAUGUAUGGUGUAUCGUCCUCCUCGUUGCUCGCAUUGCUCCAUUUGCAAUAACUGCGUUCAGCGAUUCGAUCAUCACUGCCCCUGGGUUGGGCAGUGUGUUGGACUGCGAAAUUAUCGGUACUUCUUCAUGUUUGUAGCAUCUUCAACCCUUCUUUGCAUAUAUGUGUUCGCUAUGUCUGCUUUGUAUAUUAAAUUUCUGAUGGAUGGGGAAUAUCAUACCGUAUGGAGAGCACUUAGGCAUUCACCUGCCUCAGUGAUACUCAUGAUCUACUGUUUCAUUGCUGUAUGGUUUGUUGGUGGCCUUACAGUCUUUCAUUUAUACCUCAUCAGCACCAAUCAGACAACAUACGAGAACUUCCGAUACAGAGCAGAUGGCAGGCAGAAUCCUUAUGACCAAGGUUGUGUGAGAAACUUUGCUGAUAUAUUUUGCACGAGCAUUCCACCUUCUAAGAACAACUUUAGACAGAUAGUGGAGCAAAGAACCGAAGAGCUAGAUGUAGAGGCAAUGCCUCACCCAGGCAGCGAAGAAGAAGUAUUUAAAGAUAUCCGAGCUAAAAUUGAAGGGGAUUUGGAGCUUGGGGCUGCUCUUUCUAAGGUAUCAGAGCGUGGUUCCGAGAUAGAUGACAGUGUAUAUAAUAGAAGCAGCAAUGGCCGUGAUAGCUAUGAUGCAAGUGGGCACUUCCCUUUAGAGAUGCCCUCGAGCCAUCGGCACUCAAGCUGGGGUAGAAAGAGUGAGAGCUACGAGAUCUCUUCAGAUGUUUUUGCUGCUAGUUCUGAGAGUGGAAGAUAUAAGGUGGCUUCAUGACAUGUAAGGUUAUAUCGGUAGUUCUUUUGAUUGAUUGUGCCUGGUUUUUAGAUGGGUUUCUUUGCUUGGGAUCUGAUCUAUGCUAGUGCUGAGCUGAGAUGAGAUGAUCUUCCCUCCUUGUAAGCGUUUCUCUUCUAUCCAUUUAUGAUGUAUUAUAUUCCAGACGGUUCAGCAGAGAAGAUAACCCCAAGUCUCUCUCUCUCUGAUUUCGGACCUAGAAUUGGGCAUCACGGUUGUGCUGAGAGGAGGAAUUCCAUCCAACUAGACAUUGGCUGAGGUUAUAAUCCAAAGUGAUUGUAUGAAAACAAAACCAAGAGAGGAAACAAAGUGGGCUUCUUUUUUUUAUAGUGGAUUGUGAUCACAGAAUUCACUUUGCCAUGGAAUUGGUAUUCAAAAAUGGGUGUGGUUUGUAUAA